CUGCGGUCUGCAGCACAAACCGAGAAGCAUGACCAAUGAGCUCUCUCUUGCGCAUGUACUCAGAUUUCAGUUGACAGUGAUCGUUGGUGUUUAUGCGCGACUUUAAAGCUCAGCAGCUCAGAGAAGUUGGUGUACAGAGUGGAAACGGUGCAAGAUGGGAAAGAAGCUGGAAGAAAGCGCGGGUGCAUAGUUUUUUCUUUUUUUUUAAGGACGCGCAAGCGGAGCUCGGUGCCAUUGCGCACAAGUUCUGAACUGCAUGCAAACGCACCGCAGCUGAAUUACACAGUGGACUCUCAUGAGCAGGGGCAGAGAUGGCUGCAUCUAUUAAUUCUUUGGUUAUUGCUACACAAUUUCUACUUUAUUUUAAGCUAACAUGUUGCUUUGAGGUGGAUUUCUGCAUACCUGUUCGCGUGGACCAUCAAAAGCAUGAGAAGCAUCUGCACCGGCACACGGAGCAGAUGAAUGAAAGACAGGUUGUUUUCAGACUCAGUGCGUUCAAACAGGAAUUUUACCUUCACCUCACGCCAGAUUCUAGUUUCCUUGCAGCUGGCAGCAUGCCGCCUGAGAGCGACUCCGCAGCAUCCAACGCCUCUGCAGCCGCUGACCUCAGGGAAUGCUUCUACUCCGGUGAUGUCAACGCAGACCCGGACUCCUUCGCCGCACUUAGCCUGUGCAAAGGUCUGCAGGGAGGCUUCUCCUAUAACGGCAUGGAGUAUUACAUCAGUCAGACCAGGAAUGAAGACGCGCCUGGAUAUGGAAACUCUUUCGAUAGGACGCACGUUAUCCGCCGCCGGACGCGCGCUGCGCACUCAGGUGGCAACUUCACGAGCAGGUGUGGAGUUACACCUGACACCAACUUCAGCAUUUCUCUGGAGAAAUACAAGUACAUGAGCGAACUGGAGAUUGAUGGCUUAACUGAAACUGUGUUGAAAUCCUUGGGGAGGUCCAAAAGGUUUGCUUCCAUCCCCAGGUUUGUGGAGGUGCUGGUGGUGGCAGAUGAAUCUAUGGCUAAAUUUCACGGGGAUGACCUGAAGCAUUACCUCCUGACCCUGAUGUCAGUAGCAGCCAGGCUUUACAAGCACCCCAGCAUUCUCAACUCCAUAAACAUAGUGGUGGUGGGCUUCAUGGUGAUAAAUGAAGCUGACAAGGGACCUAAGGUUUCCAGUAACGCUGCCCUGACUCUGCGCAACUUCUGCUCCUGGCAGAAGAAGUUGAAUAAACACAAUGACAAGCACCCUGAGUACUGGGACACCGCAAUACUGUUCACCAAGCAGGACCUUUGUGGCGCCACGACCUGUGACACUCUGGGGAUGGCCGACGUUGGCACCAUGUGUGACCCGAAGAGGAGCUGCUCCGUCAUCGAGGACGACGGUUUGCCCUCCGCUUUCACGACUGCUCAUGAGCUUGGCCACGUCUUCAACAUGCCCCACGACAAUGUGAAGGCAUGUGAGGAGGUAUUUGGGAAGCUAAAGGACAACCACAUGAUGUCUCCCACGCUGAUUCAGAUAGACAGGAGCCGACCCUGGUCUGUGUGCAGCGCAGCCAUCAUUACCGAGUUCCUGGACAGAGGUCAUGGAGACUGUCUUCUGGACCAGCCUCAGAAGCAGCUGUCUCUCCCCGACAACCUACCCGGCUCCAGCUACAGCCUGCACCGUCAGUGCGAGCUCGCCUUUGGCCCCGGAUCUAAGCCCUGCCCCUACAUGCAGCCCUGCUCCAAGCUGUGGUGCACCGGGAAGGCCCGCGGACAGCUGGUCUGCCAAACCCGACACUUCCCCUGGGCGGACGGCACAAGCUGUGGCAACAGCAAGGUCUGCUACAGAGGUGCCUGUGUUGAUAAGAACAGCACCGUGCACGUCAAGGUGGAUGGCCGAUGGGGGAAGUGGGGUGCAUUUGGAGACUGUUCUAGAAGUUGUGGUGGAGGAGUUCAGCUGGCCAAGAGAGAGUGUAACAACCCAGUCCCUGAGAACGGAGGCAAAUACUGCUACGGGCUACGCAUCAAAUAUCGCUCAUGUAACGUCAACCAUUGUCCUGAAACAGGUAAGAGUUUCCGUGAGGAGCAGUGUGAGGCAUUCAAUGGCUUAAACCUGAACACCAACAGGCUGGGCUCCUCUGUGGUUUGGGUUCCCAAGUAUUCGGGCAUCUCUCCCAAGGACAAAUGCAAGCUCAUCUGCCGAGCAAAUGGGACUGGAUACUUCUAUGUCCUGGCUCCAAAGGUUGUGGACGGGACACCUUGUUCUCCUGACACCUCGGCUGUGUGCGUUCAGGGAAAAUGCAUUAAGGCAGGCUGUGAUGGCAAGCUGGACUCUAACAAGAAGUUUGACAAGUGUGGCAUGUGUGGCGGAGACAACCAGGGCUGCAAGAAGGUCUCAGGAAUGUUCACCAAGCCCAUUCAUGGCUACAACUUUGUGGUGAUGCUACCUGUCGGAGCUUCCAACGUUGACAUCCGUCAGCGUGGCUACCGAGGAAUGGUCAGUGAUGAAAACUACUUAGCCGUGAAGAAUCGUCAUGGCAAGUACCUCCUGAAUGGGAACUACGUGGUGUCAGCUGUGGAGCGUGACCUGCUGGUGAAGGGCAGUCUGCUGCGGUACAGCGGUACUUCCACAUCUGUGGAGAUCCUUCAGGCCACCAGACCCCUCCAGGAGCCUCUGACCGUAGAGGUGCUGUCUGUUGGGAAGAUGACCCCUCCCAGAGUACGCUACUCCUUCUACAUCUCUAAGGAGAGCAAGGAAGAAAAGACUCUGCGGAAAGAAGAGAAAAGCAACAAAGCACAGAACAGUGUCUUGGCUGAUAGCAACAAGAUCGAAGCUAAGAAGCAGGCAAUGGGUAAGAGGCCUGUCAGUCACUGGGUGACAGGAGGAUGGGAUUCAUGCACAGUGACUUGUGGGAAUGGUCUGCAGAAGAGGCUGGUACAGUGCCAGAGCAUGGAGGGACGUCCUGCAGCAGACUGUGACAGUGCUGACAGGCCUGUAGCAGUGAGAGCAUGUGGGGAUCCCUGUCCCAUGUGGGAUGUCGGGACCUGGUCUCACUGCUCCAAGUCCUGUGGAAGGGGCUUUAAAAGGCGGCCGGUGCGCUGUAUGACUGAAAAUGGUCUGAAUCUGCCCAGAGACCACUGCUCUGGAAGGAGGAAGCCUCAGGAGCUGGACCUGUGCAACCUGAAGCCAUGUUAGAGCAGGAAAAGACACAGACGGUGGACUUAACUUUGGGAGUCAAAGUGAACAUUUGACACAAACCUUAAUGAUACCACGACUGUGUUGGGUGCAAACACUCUCACACAGCCUGACUGGGUCUGAAGGGGUGUCUGUGACACUGCAGAAAGGAGACAGAGAGGGUCUUCCUCCAUUGUCUGAAAAGACAGAUAUCUGCUUACACAAAACAAAAGAAGGAAAACUGUCUUCUUGUGAACUGUCAAACCAUCUGUGGCAGGUUUGACUUGUCUACCUCUACCAGGACUGAUGACGAUGCCUGUGUUAUACAGUGGCCCUUUUCAGACAUGAAAGACGCAACAUAGCUGCUUCGUCUGGCUGUUAAAGUGAUGGCCUUCAAAAAAUGUUUCUUACAGCUUUAUUCAGACAUGUCAAGACUGUUACGGAAACACCCACACAAACACGCACACGCAAGAUUUGGCAUGCAACACACAAGACUAGACAGUACAGGAUGUUAUGUAUAAUGUAUGAGACCCCUAUGGUUCUGUUAAGCUGCCUAGUUAUCUCGUCCUAGUGCUCAUCCAGUUAUGACCAAACAUUUAAUUUGCCUUCAGAAUGAAAAGGGAUACACAUCUGACAGGAGCUACAGAGUAAGAGAGGAGAAGGAUGCAGAGACAGUGAUCACACAUACAUAAUGUUUAUGUAUAACCACAAAGGAUGAAAUUUCAAGGCAAGGACAUGAACGUUUGUGAGAUUCAACCUCAACACUUGCGCUGUGCUGAUGCCUCACCUGUGAACUGACAUUCUUCUCAUGUCACUGACAAACUGAUCAAAAUGUGAAAACACAGUACUGUAUCUGUCACAUUCAAGGCCAGACUGGUCCAUGCAGUUUCUACAUGUCUUUUCUUUUAUCCAUUGUUCUUGCUUCUGUGAUAUUAGUACUCAAUGACCAAACCAGUCAGAUCAGCUUUACAUCUCCCUCAAUCAACAAUAUAUCCUCUGCACAUGAUACAAUCCUUACAGAUUAGAAUAAAAUCAAAGCAUUCCUGAAACAAUGACCAAAAACUUACGAAUAUUUUUAAUAUUAGGAAAAUUAGUUUAGUUCAAGCUAAGCUGCUAGCAUAUUCUAUACAGUGAAUGUAGUCUGGUUGUACGGUGCAGUCGUAAUGUGUUUGUGUCUGUUCGAUGUAAAGUAAACCAACCAACGCUCAGCUGUUUGUUCUAUGUUGCCAAAGAGUUUUAAACCUUACACAAAGCCUUAGUACAGUGAGAGACCCCUCAGUGCAUGAGCCGGACAGAAGCACAGCUUGCGCAAAGUACCCUCAUAGUUCAUUUUUGUUUUCACUGACAAACCCUUACCUCAGGAGGCUAAAAAUCAGGAUGUAAACAGAUGAAAUAAUUCAGAUCAAUUCAUGGUAUUCGCACAACCAAUUUUGGACCUUGAAGGACUGAAGGCGCAGCGAACGCCACUAUGGUUUUAUUUAUACUACUAUAGGUACUGGUUGGUAUACUUGUUGAAAUUAAAAAAGUUCCUUCAGCUCUGUGCUAUCUGCAUUUCCCUGCAGUCCAAAGCUCUUUAGAUUAGACAAGUUUGUCAGCGAGAAUCAAAAAGUAUCACCUGUUAUACGUUGUUAUUGUACGCGUCGAUACGAAAUGCUGACGGCCUCAACUAAAUUUUAAAGUAAACCGUCAAUGUGGAUCGCAGCCUUAAAUUUCACUGUCAUCUCUGGAGAUGUGGCCUGAGUCUGGGCUUGAUAGUUGGAUCCUCUACUGUGGGAAUUCUUCUGUAGCUCCAUUUUGUUUUGACAAAACAUAAUGGGUUCCGAACUCCUGGAUACCAUUGCCCUAAGACGAAUAAAUAAAGUGAUGUCGAACUGAAACAUUUAGGUCUCAAGCCGUUCCCCAACAGUUCCUCUCCUUUUGGAAGGUCUUCUUGAAACUUUAUUUAGUUCCUGGUUCCGUAGAAGAUUCUACAGGCCCGUUUAUGGUUUCCAUGCCCAUGUCCACAGACAUUUGCGGCCUCAAACCUGGACAGUGUUUCUAUACAUACACGCUUGAAUUGGGAAUAUUGGCAUGUAUGCAUUCCAAAAUAUGAUGGCAACCUCCUGACAGGAAGAUAAACUACUUUGCUUAUGCUCAGAGGACAAAGCCAAAAAGAGAAAACUGUGUGUGCAAUCACUUAACACGAAUGUGGAAUAUAGUACAUCAUGCCAUAUGUAUGGUGUAAGAAAGGAGUGUCCUGCUGUGCAGACGAUACGCAUAUUUAAAUUUUGGCCUUCACACAAACAUCCGCAGAGCCGUCUGGUCACUGGAAGAUGACGCAAUUCACAACACGCAGACCUCUGCAGACCCUUGUGGACAUAUGGAUGUGGAAACCAUAACUGGCCUUCAGUCUCCAGGAAAGUUGCUGUGAUGGAAACACAGCUCAUCCCUGCAGCAUAUACUGCCACUCUACUGAAUAUCCAUAUGCUGAAGUGGAUAUAUCUCUGACCAGAGUUAGGGAGAUAAAAACCAAAGGCAGGACAUUAAAACAGCUGGAGAGGUAAAAACCAGACAAAGCGACUACACUAUAUAGUAACAGUGGAAAUAGAAAAAUAUGAAGAUACAGAAAAGCACAGGAUAGAAUUGAAAGGAUGAAAACAUUUUCAAGUAGCAAAAAUAACUUGUAUAGAAGGCCAUCCCAAAAAUGUAAAAAAAAAUAAUAAUAAUAAGGAAAUUUAUGGGUUAUUGAGAAGCCAUAAAGAAAACUGCUUUAGCUGAGCAGAACAACAAAGGUUUGAUGACCCGUCAUUUCUUCGAGUGAGGUGUUAGAUGCUUGUUUCUACUCAUGCUCUGCACCACACAAGGCCUCAUAUGUAUUGUUAUUAAUAGUACUUUAAAAUUAGUUCCUCGAAGAUAUUGGCAGUUAGUGCAAUGAGGCCGUGAUUAGACUGAUAUGUGACAAACACUGCUCUGGGUCUGGAGUCUGCAAAAGUUCUGUACAGUACCCUCCUCAAAGCCCCGUGAAUACAGGGGUGCAUUGUACUCCAAAGAUGUGUUUUUUGAAAGAAAUGAUUUCAGUUGGCCUUCAGUAGUCUAAAAACAGUUCAGAUUAGCUGUGUUGCUCUGGGUAAAAUGCUUGUUGACUAGUGGCAUUUCCUCAUCCGUCAUGCUUCUGUCCGCCUGCAUGGCUGCUCCACCACCUCUAGCCCUUAAUGAGAACACAUAAUGCUUACAUUGUGGUUUUUUUUUGUCGAGCUCAUGCAUCACGUCAGCCUAUCGUUAUAAUGUCAGCCAAAAUUUGUUUUGUUUUUUUCAUCCAUGGUGAAAUGAAAGGGAAAGUCCACCCUAAAAUAUGUAUCACCAAAUGACUAUAGGUGUACAUUCCAUCCUGAUGUUCCACUCAGCUUUAGUAGGUGUAGUUUGACACAAACCUGACCCACAGUUGUAAAAUAUUUGGUAGGAAAGUCCAGUUUUGUUGUCACACUCUGAGGUUUGAAGUCUCGGAGCAUUUGUCUGGACUCAGAGUUACGCAAUUUCAACAAUCAGAUAAAUCUGUCAAACAUCACAGAACAUUAGCAUCCAAAAGUUGCAUUGUCCUCGAUAGACUCAGCCCCAGCAUGUCCUUUAACAGAACAUUCAUUUCACUUUGUCUUACGGUUCAGAGGGACCAGUUACACCAUCUAAAAGGUGGUAAUGUAGAGUUUUUUUUUCUUUUACAUCAUGUACAGAUGUUAUUUUUUAUCAUUUGUCUUUUGUAUUGUAUACUAUGUAUACAUUCAUCUAGCUGUAUAAAAUAAAGUAUAUAUAUAUAUAUAAAACAAUGAAA